AUGUCUGCCAACGGCGACCCCAAAUACGACGACAUCGACUCCGAGUCCGAGUCUGGCGAGUCCUUCGAUGGCCAGCAUGACGCCGCCGACGACAAGCCCCUGAAGUCGGCCCUUAAGAAGUCCAACCCUGCCAUCCCCGACCAGACCAUCCAAAGGCCCCCGCUGCCCCCGCAAACAGACCCGAAAGACCUCGACCUCGCCAGCCUGACUCCCCUCACGCCUGAAAUUAUUGCCCGGCAAGCGACCAUCAACAUUGGCACCAUCGGCCAUGUCGCUCACGGCAAGUCGACCGUCGUCAAGGCCAUCUCUGGCGUCCAGACCGUCCGUUUCAAGAACGAGCUGAUCCGCAACAUCACCAUCAAGCUCGGCUACGCCAACGCAAAGAUCUACAAGUGCGACAGCCCUGACUGUCCGCGACCGGGUUGCUACCGAAGCUAUAAGAGCGAGAAGGAGGUCGAUCCUCCCUGCGAGCGUGAUGGCUGCACCGGUACCUACCGGCUAUUGAGACACGUCUCUUUUGUCGACUGCCCCGGUCACGACAUUCUCAUGAGCACCAUGUUGUCGGGUGCCGCAGUCAUGGACGCUGCCCUGCUCCUCAUUGCCGGCAACGAGUCCUGCCCCCAGCCUCAGACCUCGGAGCAUUUGGCCGCCAUCGAAAUCAUGAAGCUGGACAAGAUCAUCAUCCUGCAGAACAAGGUCGAUCUCAUGAGGGCAGAGGCCGCUCAGCAGCACUACGAGUCUAUCCUCAAGUUCAUCCGAGGAACGGUUGCCGGCAAGUCGCCUGUCAUCCCCAUUUCGGCUCAGCUCAAGUUCAACAUCGACGCCGUCAACGAGGCCAUUGUCAACACCAUCCCUGUCCCCCCCAGAGACUUCACCAUGGACCCGCACAUGAUUGUCAUUCGAUCGUUCGACGUCAACAAGCCUGGUGCCGAGAUCGACGACUUGAAGGGUGGUGUCGCUGGUGGCAGUAUUCUCCACGGUGUCGUCAAGCUGGGCGAUGAGAUCGAGAUCCGACCUGGCAUCGUUUCUCGAGACGAUGCGGGUGCCCUCAAGUGCACGCCUAUCUUCAGCAGAGUCGUCUCGCUUAACUCCGAGGCCAACGACCUCAAGUACGCCGUGCCCGGCGGCCUGAUUGGUGUCGGUACCCGCAUCGACCCGACCCUCUGCAGAGCCGACCGUCUCGUCGGUUUCGUCCUGGGUCUCAAGGGCAGACUCCCCGAGAUUUACAGCGAAAUCGAGGUCAACUUCUAUCUCCUUCGCCGUCUCCUUGGUGUGAGGACUGCCGACGGCAAGCAGGCCAAGGUCGCCAAGCUGGCCAAGAACGAGGUCAUCAUGGUCAACAUUGGCUCGACUUCGACCGGUGCCAAGGUUGCCGCCAUCAAGAAUGAUGCCGCUAAGCUGGUCCUCACCAGCCCUGCCUGCACCAACAUCGGCGAGAAGGUUGCCCUGAGUCGCCGUAUCGAGAAGCACUGGCGUCUCAUCGGCUGGGCCACGAUCGCUGCCGGUGUUACGUUGGAGCCCAGCACGUCGUAA